AUCAUUCGAGAUAAUAUCAAACCAACUGUAAAUGUUAAUUUAGAAAAAUGUCUGACAGCGUUGCCGCGUUUCUCAGAUUUAAAGAGGGCUCUGUUUUCAGGAACUCUUAAAACUCCAACAAGAUUGCUUUUCUGGUUUUUGAUCUGUUAAUUCAUCUGGGUAUUUUUUGAGGAAUUCCGGAAAUGGCGAUUCAGGGGUUGGGAGGAGACGACGAUCCCGUCAUCAGCGUCGUCGGAGAUGGGUUCUGUCUCCCGUACGCGGCGGAACUCGUCGUCAAGAAAAAGAUCCAGGCUUUCUCCAACGCACACUACGACGUCUACGACACCACCGGGAACAUCCUCCUCAAAGUCGACGGCGGCGUCUGGAACCUCCAGAAGAAAAGGGUUAUGCGCGAUCCCGCCGAUUUUCCCGUCCUCACAAUGCGCGAAAAGGCAUUUACAUGGCGGCACCGGUGGCUGAUUCAUCAAGGGGAAGGUUCGGACCGGAAGAAUCUACUCUGCACGGUGCGGCUGUCGCAGGCCCUGCAGAUCAAAAGACAGCUCGACGUGUUCUUGGCCGGAAAUCAGACCAAAGAUUGUGACUUCCAUGUUACCGGAAGCUUGUCUUCACUUUCCUUCAAAGUCUACAGAGGCAAAACUAUCAUUGCAGAGGUUAUUCAUAGUUUUACAUGGGAAAGCUUUUGUAAGGGCAAAGAAAGCUUCACAGUGAGAUUGCAACCGGAGGUGGAUUAUGCAUUCAUCGUUGCAUUGAUUGUGAUUAUUCAAGAAAAUGAAAGUAGAUGAUCUUUUAUGGUUAAAUGUCAAUUUUAGUGCCUUCAAUUUAAGGUUUUGUAUUAUUUUUGUUCAUUAAUUAUGAAAAACGUAUUAUUUUUGUCCAUUAAUUAUGAAAAAUGUAUUUUUUUAGUUUUUUAUUUAUUAAUCUAUUAAAUUUAUUUAAAUAUA